AUGGCGGACCCUCUGAGGAGGACGCUGUCCAGGCUCCGGGGCCGCCGGAGCCCCCGCGCCGCCGGGGGGCUCGGGCUCCGGGCGGGCGACGCCGGCGGCGCCCCGGCCGCCCCCUCAGGCGAGCACGGCAGCGGGGACGACGCCGACCGCGACGAGAACCUGCCCGGCGGCCGGCGGUCGGCGCCCGCGCCUCAGGGGGCGGAGGCGGAGCGGCGGCCCCCGCCCCCCGCGGCCGCGGGCCCCUCCCCGGGGGCGGAGGGCGGCCGCCCGGAGACGGGCAGGCUGCGGACCCAGUUGCGAGAGGCCUAUUAUCUGCUGAUCCAGGCCAUGCACGACCUGCCCCCUGACUCCGGCGCGCGGCGGGGCGGCGGGGCUUGGGCGGACCGCGGCCGCCCGGGGAGAGCGCGGCGGCGGGGAGGCGGGGGCCGCCCUUGGCGGCAGGUGUCCCCGCCCCGGCCGCCUCCGAGGGCGUCGGGGGGAGGCCGCCCGCGGACUCCUCGGAUGCGGCCGGCCCGCAGCAGGAGCCUCGAGAGCCUCCGGGCGGGCGCCGAGCCGCCUCCCUUGGCGCGGUGGCCGAGCGACAGCUGCGUCAGGUGCGGCGCGCGCCGAGCCCUGGGCGAGCCCCCGCCACGUGGAGGCGGGAUGGACGGCGGCGGCGGCGGCGCCCGGGCUCCCGGCCCCGGGGACCCGGGGCGCCCCUCGGGAAGCGCCUGCAGGGGGCCCGCGGGGGCGCGCGGCGGCCGGGAGGGGCUCCCCCUCGUCAGGCCUCCCGCGGUGACCGUCAAGAAGCUGCAGAAGUGGAUGUACAAAGGACGCCUGCUGUCCCUGGGCAUGAGGGGGCGCUCCCGCGGGGCGCCCCCCAAAGUCGCCGCAGCGCAGGCCGCCUCUCCGAAUCUGGGCCCGUUGGGAAUGCGGGAGCGCCCGGUGCUCUCCGUGCCCGCGGACCCAGGGGUGACGCUAACAGAUUUAUUUGAAAAUGUCUAUGCGUCUUCAGUGAAGAGAAGAGAACUUGAAGAUCUGAAGGACAAUAUUGGAUUCAGAAGUCAUAAACCACUUAAUAGCAUCACUGUGUCAAAGAAACGCAACUGGCUAUAUCAGAGUACUCUGCGAUCUUUUAAUUUGGAAGAAGAAAAUAAGAAAUGCCAAGACAUAAAUCACUUAUCUGUCUCACCUAAACAUCAGCUAUCACAACCUUUUUUCAAGUCAUCUGAAGAAUGCUGUACAUAUGUGGUGUGUAAUGCUACAAAUUCUUCAUUAUCAAGAAACUGUUCUUUAGACUUCAAUGAGGAAAAUGAUGCAGAUGAUGAAGGAGAAAUAUGGUACAACCCCAUUCCUGAGGACGAAGACUUUGGCCUAUCAAAUGCCUUGACUUUUGGUGAGGCAGACCCUCCUGUUCUGAAGUUUCCUGGUGUUAGUUUGAGAGUAUUAUCUGGUAGUGACCUAAUGAAAGCAGAACAGUACACUGAAGACUUGCUGUGCUCUUCAGAACACAGAGGCAAUGUUCAGACCACACAGUCAAAUGAAAUGAAUCCUGUAGAGCCCAUCCAUUCCUCAGAGUUCGUGCAGCAGUACAAGCAAAGGCUUGGAUAUAAGACACAAGAAGGUAUAAUGGUAGAGGAGAGUCUCAUGUUGAAAUCUCCUUUUGCAGGUCCUGGGAUCCUAGCUGCUACAAAUAAGAAUGAAUUGGGAGUUACAGAACCACCUUCUCCAAGCCCUAGCCCUGUGAAAAAAAGUAGUUCAAUUAACUGGUCUUUCCCAGAUAAAAUAAAAUCUCCACGAACUGUGAGGAAACUUUCCAUGAAAAUGAAAAGAUUGCCAGAACUUAGCCGAAAGCUGAGCGUUAAAGGAACUUUGAAUCAUAUGAACAGUCCAGAUAAUACUCCUUCCUUGUCUAAAUGUAACUGUCAAGAAACUCAUCAUACUGAUAUCCUACCUGCUGGGAAUACAACCACAGCUGCUAAGAGGAAUGUUAUAAGUCGGUACCAUUUGGAUACCAGCGUAUCUUCUCAGCACAACUACCAGAAGAAAACAUUUAUCAGUUCUAAGUAUUCGUGCAAAGGUGGUUACCUCAGUGAUGGGGAUUCGCCUGAACUUAUAACUAAAUCUAGCAAACAUGGAUCUGAAAACAAAUUUGGAAAGGGAAAAGAAAUAAUUCCAAAUAGUUGUACUAAGAGUGAAAUAGACAUUGAUGCUUUUAGACAUUAUAGUUUUUCUGAUCAACCUAAGUGUUCACAGUACAUAUCUGGGCUCAUGAGUGUGCAUUUCUAUGGUGCUGAGGAUUUAAAACCACCACGGAUAGAUUCAAAAGAUGUCUUCUGUGCGAUUCAGGUAGAUUCAGUAAACAAAGCAAGAACAGCUUUGCUCACAUGUCGGACAACAUUUUUAGACAUGGAUCAUACUUUCAACAUAGAAAUUGAAAAUGCACAGCACUUGAAAUUAGUAGUAUUCAGCUGGGAACCGACUCCAAGAAAAAAUCGAGUGUGUUGUCACGGAACUGUUGUUCUCCCUACCUUAUUCAGGGUGACAAAGACACAUCAGUUGGCUGUUAAACUUGAGCCUAGAGGUCUUAUUUAUGUGAAAGUGACUCUUCUGGAACAGUGGGAGAAUUCUCUUCAUGGACUGGUUGUAAAUCGAGAACCAGUAAUAUUUGGUGUUGAUAUUCGAAAAGUUGUAGAGAAAGAAAAUGUAGGACUGAUGGUGCCACUCCUGAUACAAAAAUGUAUUAUGGAAAUUGAAAAGAGAGGCUGUCAGGUGGUAGGCCUGUACCGAUUAUGUGGUUCAGCAGCAGUCAAGAAAGAACUUCGAGAGGCUUUUGAGAGAGAUAGCAAAGCUGUUGGUCUGUGUGAAAACCAGUACCCAGAUAUAAAUGUAAUAACAGGUGUUCUUAAGGACUAUCUAAGAGAACUUCCUUCUCCUCUGAUAACAAAGCAGCUUUAUGAGGCUGUAUUAGACGCAAUGGCAAAAAAUCCUUUGAAAAUGUCAUCAAGCGGAUGUGAGAAUGACCCAGGUGACUCUAAGUACACUGUUGACCUGCUUGAUUGUCUGCCUGAUGUUGAGAAGGCAACCCUAAAGAUGUUGCUGGAUCAUCUGAAAUUGGUGGCUUCUUAUCAUGAAGUGAAUAAGAUGACUUGCCAGAAUUUGGCUGUGUGCUUUGGACCAGUAUUACUAAGUCAGAGGCAAGAGACUUCCACCCAUAACAACAGAGUCUUUACUGAUUCAGAAGAACUUGCAAGUGCUUUGGAUUUUAAAAAACAUAUUGAAGUUCUUCAUUACUUACUUCAACUCUGGCCAGUGCAACGUUUAACUGUCAAAGAAUCAACAGACAAUUUAUUUCCAGAGCAGAAGUCUUCUCUAAAUUAUUUGAGGAGAAAGAAAGAACGACCUUGCAUGUUAAAUUUGAGUGGUACUGAUUCAUCAAGAAUACUUAGAUCAAGGCAAACCCGAUUAGACAGUCCAGUUAGCAAUCGUUAUGCAGGAGACUGGAGCAGCUGUGGAGAAAACUACUUUUUGAAUACAAAAGAAAAUUUAAAUGAUGGAGAUUAUGAUGAUGUUCCUUCAGAAGACAGAGAAAAUGGAGAAAACUGUAACAAAAUGUAUGGACCAGAUAUAAUGAUUGAACAGCCAGUACCCAUGUCCAAAGAGUACACAUUUCAGACAUACUUGACAGUGCAGACAAUUGAGUCUACAGUGGAUCGAAAAGUCAAUCUUCAAGACCUACAAGAAAGUAUUGAUACUUUGAUUGGAAAUCUGGAGCGUGAACUCAACAAAAACAAGCUUAAUAUGAGUGUUUGAGAUUGAGAAUUUUUAUUUGCUUUUUUGUAAUGUUUUAAAUUUAAAAUCAGUCUUUCUCACUUUCUUGUACCUCUCACAGUGAUGUUUUUAAUUUUUUUACUCUUGAAAAUUCCAUUAAUUUCUAGUAAGUUCAUGUGAUUAAAUUAAAAAUACUAUUCAUUAAUAUAAUUUUUACUUAUUAGAAAAUUUUUCUUGGGGCAAAGAUAACUUGGACUUGUGGAUAUUUUAACAAGUUUGGCCAAUUCUAUGGAGAUAACUUUUAAAUGCACUUAUAAGAUUCAGAUGAAUUAUUAGCCCUGCUUAGUUUUUGUACUUUAUAGGAACUGCUCUUUUGUAGCUGAAACAGAUGUUUCUUUUAGAGGAACGUGGCAGCUGCUCCAUCUGGUUUGCGGUGUGAGUCCAUGUACACUGCAACAUCAUGUGAUCAUAUUUCAUUUGCAAUGCAAAUGCUGCUAUAAAAAACCUUUUUAUAAAUAAAAGUAAAAUUAUACAAAUAUUAAUGUAUUCUGUAUUAACACUCAGUAAUUAUUUAAGCUUAUAAAAAUUAAAUAUUUUUAUAAUCCUGAAAAUGUGUCUAUUUAUAAGUGCAUAUAUGGAUAGAUAUUAGAAUGGGAGAGGCAUUGGCUGCAGAAUCGCAUGUAUCUUUAAGGUAUAUAUGUCAUGGGGCCAAAAUUAUUAGCUUAAAAUGUCUUUUUCAGGGAAAGAACAUUUAUGUUAAAGGAGUUCCAUAGAAACACUUGAACCAAAACACUAAAAGCUUCUAAAUAGAAAUAAUAGACUUUCUUUUUUUGAUUCACAGAGUCAUGAUAUCCCUAGUGAGAAGUCAUCUUUUAAAUUGAAAUCGCCUAACUUCUUAAGGGAUUAAGAGCCCAGAUUUCUGCACUAGUGAUUUACAUUAAAAAAAAUCUUCACCUAUUCUAUGCAUUUUUAUGUUCUGCUUUUUAAAACAAAGUAAUUAUACUUUAAGCAUAUUUAUUUGUAGUAGUACAUUGAUAACACUGACUUUAUAAUUACCCUCAUUUGUUUCUAAAGAAAUCUUGCCAGCAUACUCCACGUUACUGAUUUUGAAAAAUUAACUUAUUUUGGCUAAGUAUAUCUACAAUAUAGUCACUAUAGCAAUCACAGCAGUGUUUGAAAAUGUAAAUUUAGAAGGCUUUUUUAUUAAAUUAGAAUGUAUUUUUUAAACUUUUAUACCCACAGAACAUGUAAUUUUAAAAUUAUAAAAUUUAAUCACCAACUUAAAGAUGUAGCAGCCAUUAGAAUAUUGACUUCUUGAUGUUUUUCUAAAUAUUAAAGUAUUUAACUAUUUCUAUGUAGUAUACAUUGAUAAACAGAACACCUUGUUAUUUAAUUUGAAAACACAAUUGUUAAAAAGCCAGAUAACUAUUUUUAUAUGAAAAUCUCAUUUUUUAAAGCUUUGUAUAACAAUUGAGAAGAAUACCAAAAGAAUAUGUGACAGGUAUAUAUAUUGAGUAAACAGUCAAAAGAAAUGUACUUUAAAUGUUUUGUAGGAAGACUGUCUUAGUCUUCCUUUAGUUUGCUUUAUCAUGUAUAUUGUAUGAAUUGAAUAAGUUGUUCCAGAAAUGCUAAAGUUUUAUUAAAGUAUUAUAACCUUGGUGUCAUGCUAUUAAUUAUCAUAAUGACUUUAAGGAUCACUUAUUAUGAUGUCAUUCUUUUUAAACAAACAUGUUAAAGUUUUGGACAAUCAAGUGUUAUUCAUAAAUACAUGUAACAAUAUUUUUUGGUCCAGCAUUGAAGUUUCCAGAAUCUGAAAUACUUUAAAGGCCAGAUGUACUUUGUUAUAUAAUUCUGGAUGGGAAUAGUUUAAUCUCUGCCGUCUUAAAUAGAAAAUACUAAACGUUUGUGUUGUCUAAAUCACUGUGUCCUAACUAUAAAUCUCUUUUAUUGAAUCUGA